CGGAUAAGGCGCCACCGGCCACGCCGCAGGCCCGCAGCGCCGCGCAUACCUGCCGCCCACAAGGGAAACCUCGCCGCGGCCGCCGAUCCAUGGACACCGCCGCCGCCGCCUCAUGGCGCGUCCUCGCCCCGGCCUCCUCGCCGCCGCGCGUCCUGCAGGUGCCCAAACGGAAGGCGACCUUCGCGGCGUCGCCGCGGCGCGCGGCCAGGUCCAGGCUCCUCUGCCUCCUCCGCGGCAAGCCUGCGCCGCCGGCCACGGAGAACUCGCCGCUGCAGAGGCUGGCGGCGGCGCUGCAGUGGGGCGCCGUCUGGGCAGCCGUUGAGGCGCCGGCGGCGCUGGCGGUGACCGGGGAGGAGGACAUCGACCUCCUGGGGAUCCUGCCGCCGAUCGCCGCGUUCGCCUUCGUCUACUUCCUCGUCUGCCCUCCGCUGAUCAUGAACUGGAUGAGGACGAGGUGGUACAAGCGCAAGUUCGCGGAGACGUACCUGCAGUUCAUGUUCACCUACCUCUUCUACCCCGCGUUGAUGUUCUGGGCGCCAUUCGUCAACUACAGGAAGUUCCCGAGGGACCCAACCAUGAAGUACCCUUGGUCCACGCCCAAGGAGGGCACGCCGUUGUUCAAGGACAGAUACCCGCCUAUAGACUCCUAGACACAAUACUUGCACUCGUAUAGGCUCGUCACGGCACGCAGCAAGACAUUUCUUUACCUGAAUGUGUGAAAAAAAAACAAUAUCACAAUUCAUUACUAGUACUAGUACAUGGGAAUGGGACUCUGUAGACUCGACUCUCGAGUCAUUGCAGUUGCAUAUAAAGGGGAAGGACCGUGCUUUUUUUUCUCUCUCUUGUGCAGUACUAGUACACACAGGCGUCGAAGCAUACUUUGUGCUUGAGAAAAGAUUAGGCCCAACGGUGAGUAACGGGCUAUGUUUAUUGGUGAAUAGACCCUACGGAAUGUACUGCUCACCUGAGGCUCAUGAUCUUCUUGAGCUUUCCACUCCUGGUCACGGGAACGUGCUGAAUUAUAUUAGUACAUGUUGUACCUCA